AUGUCAGAUGGUGUUGAGAUGAUCAUCAACCUGGCCCUCUUUGGUGGGACCCAGAGCGGGAAGAGUUCUGCUGGCAAUAGCUUGCUGGGCAGCACAGACUUCCCCAGCUGUUUGGCUCCAUUUUCCGUGACCAAGGGCUGCAGCCUGGGCCGAAGCUGCCAAAUCCCCCACUUCAUGAGGCGUAGUGGGCGAGAAAUGAAUCUGCAGAUUCAAGUAUUAGACACGCCAGGCUAUCCCCACAGCAGCCUGAGCCAGGAGCAGGUGAAACAACAAGUGCAGGAGGCCCUCGCAAGGCAUUUUGGACAUGACGGCCUCCACCUUGCCUUACUGGUCCUGAGAGCUGAUGUAGCCCUCUGCGGAGAGGGAGAAUGUUCCUCUAUCCAGCUGGUUCAGGAACUUCUUGGUCCUGCUUGGAAGAAUUUUACUGCCAUUCUUUUCACCCAUGCAGAAAAACUAGAAGAAGCUCGACUCAGUGAAGAAGAAUACUUACACACUGCUUCUCAUCCACUAUUAAAUCUACUGAAAUCUGUUCAACAGAAAUAUAUUUUUCAAUACAAUCAAAAAAUCCCACUUAAAGAACAAAGAAUAAUAACUUUAAAAAGAAUCAUAGAAUUUGUAAAAGCAAAUUGUUACCAAGCUCUUUAUUUUAAAUAAAAGUACUUCGCAAGUGUGAAUUCUUUUAAAAUAAAUUUAGUGAUGAAAGCUAAAAUGUUGAAAGCAAAUUCAAAUACUCAUCUGAAGAAAGAAUAGUAGCCUCUAAUCUAUAAACAUGUUGCAACUUUUAUGAGUUCAAUAUUUGCGAAUUUAACAUGAAACAUGUUUUUUCACAGAAGCAAUAUUUUCUGGGUAUCAUUUGGGCCCCCGGGCUAGGUCAUAGAAGUCCAUUUAAGUCACUGAUACAACUGGGUGGCAGAGGGGAUUAAAGUGCUGGCCUUGGAAUCAGAAUAUCCUGAAUUCAAAUCCAACCUCAGACACUAGCUGUGUGACCCUGGGCAAGUCACUUGACCUCUGUUUGCCUCAGUUUCCUUAACUGUAAAAUAGGAAUAAUAGCAUCUACCUUGCAGGGUGGUUGUGAAGAUCAAAUGGGAUAACUAUAAAGUGCUUAGCACAGUUCAUAGCACAUAGUCAUUGUUGAGUUAUGUCCAACUCUUAAUGACCUCAUUUGGGGUUUUCUUUUUUUUUUUUCUUUUUUAGUGAGGCAAUUGGGGUUAAGUGACUUUCCCAGGGUCACACAGCUAGUA